AUGACAAAUAACCAUCGCAACCAAUACCUCCAUCCGAACUCCGCCUCUGCCAGAAGGACCGAACCUCGCCCUCUCCAAUGCCUCUUCCUCGUCUCCCUCAUAUGUUGCAAUCUGUUGCUCGCCUCUCGCUUCUUCUUUGGCUUCUCCUCUUACAUCAACUUUUACGCUGCGCCACAGGUAGAAACCGAUACCGUUCUCAACCUCAACAGCUAUAGCCAUGGCCCGUGCUCCUCGCUCCAGAGCAACGCCAUCUGCUGCGAUCGCACCGACUCCCACAGCGACAUCUGUUUCGUUCGAGGCGACGUCCGAACGCACUCCUCGUCCUCCUCCAUCUUUCUCCAUCUUCCGGGCGCCUGCAACAACGACUCCGUCGCUCUGCAGGAGGAAAGUAUAAGCCCGUAUACUCGCAAAUGGGAUGCGGCGAUCAAAAGCAGAAUCCCGGAGCUCCAUCUUCGCGCCACCUCCGGCGCCGACGCUUCCCUGCCAUGCCAAGUACGGCAUGAUGUGCCGGCGCUUGUUUUCUUCGCCGGUGGGUACACCGGCAACGUGUUCCAUGACUUCAACGAUGGCAUCGUUCCUCUCUACAUCACUUCACAUCACCUCCGCCGCCGGGUGGCACUCGUGGUUCUUCAGUACAGGGAUUGGUGGUCCUCCAAGUACAAGGAGAUCCUGGCUCAGCUGUCUGACUACCCCCCAGUCGAUUUCUCGAACGACACGCGGACCCACUGCUUCCCCGGCGCCAUCGUGGGCCUCCGGUACCAAGGCAUGCUUUCCAUCGAUGCCUCAAGGUCGAGUGAGAACAGUAGCAUCCGGGACUUGUUACACAUGCUCCGGGACGCCUACAAGCCAAAGACGGAAGUGGGGGGCAGUCCACCGACGCCCAACUCCCCAAAGCUGGUGGUAGUGUCUCGAAGUGGGACCAGGACGAUGGAGAACGAGGCAGAAGUGGUGAAAGUAGGGGAGCAGAUAGGGUUCCAGGUGGAAGUGUUGAGGCCAGCGGAGACGAUGCCGCUGCGUAGGAUGUACAACACGCUCAGCUCCUGCGAUGUGAUGAUGGGAGUGCAUGGGGCUGCUCUGACUCAUUUCCUGUUCAUGAGGCCUGGCGCGCUGUUCAUCCAGAUCGUGCCACUUGGGGCCGAAAAGGUCGCGCGGAUCUGCUUCGGGGAGCCGGCGGUGGCGAUGGGACUGAGGUAUGUGGAAUACAAGGUCCUCCCAACGGAGAGUUCAUUGUAUUACAAGUACGGGGAAGGAGAUCCGGUGGUGAAGGACCCCGAGAGUUUUCUGAAAGGUAGGGGAUGGGAAGUGACCAAGAACGUGUAUCUCGAGGGCCAGAACGUAAGCCUGAACGUAGACAGAUUGCAUGAGGUGCUGUUACGGGCCUUCAAUUACGCUGUUUCGGAAAGGGGCAAACGAUGA